CGACAUCAUCAAACAUUAUAUAUGUACAGUAUUUAGGGAAGGAGGUAAAUAAUGAAAUCCUGAAUGACUUCAUUAAGACAGAAGCAAACUUGUUGGAGGGAAAUCCUGUGAGGUUUUAUCAGGUCGUUGACACGGGUAAUCAACAAGUGGCUAAAGUGCAUCGAGAUGUUUCCAGCUCAUGUGACACAGAUCCUGUAAGAAGGUGUAAUCUGCCUCCUCCUCUUGCGGGAUUAAGAGAAUCCAGUACAAAGCUGCACGGACAACAAAGCAAACCGAAGAGGAGGAACGAGAAAAUAACAGACGCCGAAAGAGGAAAAACAGGAACCUGAAGCCUUAUGGAUGUGCAGAGGAUGAAGGGCGGAAAACUGAUCUGAUAUCUCCAGGAGAACCUAUGGCAGCAUUUAUAUGUUCACCAGUCCAGAAGAAUAAUCCAAACGCUUGAAGAGUCUCUGCAGUCCACAUGGAUCCAGACAGGGAAGACACUGAGGUGUUCUCAGAUCCAGAGGAUCCUUUCCCUCUAAGAGGGGAGAAUGAUGAAGACGAGGAGGAAGAGGAAGAGGAGGAGGAGGAGGAGGAGGAGGAAGAAGGUGCCAAAAUCUUCACAGCGUGGAUGAAUCAGUUUCGAGGAGACGAGAGUCACAAGAAGAAUGAGGAGGACGAGGAGGAAGAAAGGGAGUCAGAGAGAGAGGGUCGUUGUAGCAGGGGCAGCGUGGAGCCCCCUGUCCAGAUGAGGUCGAACCGCCGCUCCUCACUGCCAUGUCCGGCCACCCUUUCAGCCAUGGACUUGUCCCGUCUCCACUCAUCCACCCAGGCUCCGGUCACAGCCAGGGUGUUGCUGCGCCGCUCCUCCUCUCGCCGCCUCCUUCCCUCCCCACAGGAGGCCAACGUGCCUCCACUUGAGCGCAGACCUUCCAUCAUCCACACCAUUCCAGAGGCCAUUCCGAUCGAGAGGCGGGGUCAGUUCAGGAGACGAAAUGUGAUGUCACUGAGCGAUGCCUACAGCGUGUGUCUGAUCUGUCACAACGACUUGAGUCAAGGGUCAGGAGGGACCAGUGAGCUGCAAUGCACACACACUUUUCACAAAGAGUGUAUAGAGGAGUGGCUGUGGAGGAAGCAGUCUUGUCCAACGUGUCGUGUUCAAGUGUCCAUGCCUCAACCCGUUUACUGGAAAUCCACCAGAGUCAAAGUACCAUGAGAUCAAGAUGUGAAAGAAAGAAAAAAACCUUGUUUCAUUCUGUGUGUGUCACAAGAAGACAAUUAAAGUUUAAGAAUAAGAUAAUUUAAAAAACAAACCCCUCCUAGGAAAGUAUUUUAAGAAAAUAUAAACAUAUUUUAAAAAAAUAAAUGUGGAAAACUCAAUUGUGCACAUCUAAAUGAACCUCUGUUACUCGCUUUUUAAGGACUGUAAAGAUUUUUUUUACACAAACAUACAAAUGCAUGUACAAUUUAGAUUUGUUCAAUAAUUAGACUGAGACUAGAGUGUCUGCUUUUUUAACAGUAUUUAUGUUUUUGUUUACAGUGUCCCUUUUUUUCACUCUGGAAAACCCUCUAGAUCGAAUGUGGUUGCCCUUUUUUUUUUGUGUUAAUUUUUGAUUUGUUAGCUUCAGUUAUUUGCUUUUGCCCAAAGCGAACAAACACAAUAAAAGUCAAAUAAAAUGUAAAAGCCCAGAAAAAA